ACAUCAACUUCUAAUACUUAUUUGACUGGACGUGUCUGUACGGCAACCUCUAUCAACCCGCUUUUUCGAGUCUUUUAGUUUUUAAGUUUUAGUUUAGUGUUUAGCAGCCAUGGCUGUUCUCAGGAUAACAGCCAUGCUCCUCAUCUGUGGUGCCAGUAGUUACGCCCUCCCGGCGGCUAGUCUAAGUUCCCCCGCGAAUCUCAACACGCAGAAUUCCAUCCAGUCCCGGGACGAUGUUUUCGACAUCUACAGUGACUGCAUCAACAAGGGUUCCGCCUCGUGUAUUAAAUAUAAGUUGUUCUCGUUCGUAGAUAAGAUCCUUAGCAAAGAUUCCUUCAGUUUGACCGAGGGUGUGACCGUUGUCAAGACCGCCAACGCCAACGGCUUCAGCGAUGGUGCACCCAGGUCCCUGGAAAGUGAGACCAAGUCGGACGACUUGGAGAGCAUGUUCCUUAACAGGGUGGAAUCCUUCCUCAAAACCCACUCGCUCAAAGUUGACCUCCGGGGUAGUGAUGUUUUGAACGCCGUCAACUCGGCCGGCAGGGCCUUCGGUGACGACGCCUCUUACGAUGACUCUGAUGCCCAGGAAACUGGAAGGAAGAAAGUCAAGAAAGCCGGCAAGACCCUUCUGCCUCUUCUGAUGCUCCUGAAGAUGAAAUUGGCCGCCCUGAUCCCAUUCGCUCUUGGUGCCAUCGCCCUGAUCGCCGGUAAAGCUCUGCUCAUCGGUAAGAUCGCCCUCCUCCUCUCAGCCAUCAUCGGACUCAAGAAGCUGUUGUCCCACCAGAAGACUGUGACGUAUGAGAUCGUCUCUCACCCACACCACGCUCCCGCCCACGACCACCACGGACACGAAUCCUUCUCCUCGUCAGGUGCUGACGCCGGAGGCUACGGUGGUGGUGGCCACGGAGGCUGGGGCAGAAGCGCCCAAGGACAAGACGCCCAAGAUCUCGCCUACUCCGCCUACAAACCCGCCGCCGCUCAAAAGUGAAAAGAUUCUGAGAUGCCAUCCUCCUCAGGCCGAUGGUGACCGCUCAAGUUUCUUCCGUGGAGCCACCGCCGCGCGCAACCAAAGACUCGACCACACGGACCUCGCCUGGCCGCAGCCGUCCUGGUGCCAAAUACCUAAGAUUACGUCCAUUAUCGAUUAAUUUAUCGAGAUUAAUUUAUUUCUCUCUGUUGAUUUUCUCUUUGUCUUAAUUUAUUUUUCUACUGAUUAAUUUAUUUUAUUUAUUUGCAACUCGAUUUUUUUUUAUAAAAAAAAAGAAAAAUUCUUCCAAAA